AUGAGAAUCGGAAUCUGCAAAGUCCAAAACUUUUCGGUACUCUUUUUUUGUCCACCGAAAGCGGUCGAGCAAUUGUUGAAACAGUCGGAGGAUACGCAGUUCGUGCAGUUAUACGCGCAUUGCCGGUCGGAAUUCGAGCCGCAUUGUGACACCUCGUACAUCUCGUUCGGACAGGCGUCGCCACAUGGCAGGCAGAUAUGGGAGGAGCCGCUGCCGGAGGAGGAUUUACAGAGCCCACUAAACUCGGAUCUGACCGGCAAAUUCCGGGCGAGACGGCUACCGGAAGGGAAGAAGGAAAAUUCGAGCCCCAGCAAAUGGAAUUCCGCACGUGAAAUAAUCGCCGGCGGCGAUUUCGUAAAGCUGGACGCCGCCAGGUGGCGGAGUGCUUUUCUCGACGGUAUAACCCCAGCAAACGAUACUUCUAUCGGCGCUCUUAAUCCCACAGGCAAUCGGGAAAUCGGGCGGGCUAUCGACGUUAAGCUGACCGGAAAACGGGCCGGGCAAACCGUGCGAACCGGAUACGGAGAUUUCGUUCUCAAGAUCCAAACUUUUCCCCCAACAGAUGACUCGCGAGUGAACCCCUUCGAGAAUGCCACAGACCAAAAGACGCUCCGAUUUUGGGAAAAAAGUCCGCAGUUAAACUCAGAGCCUGCGGAGAUUGAUUGGAUCUGCCCGUCGAAGGGGCUUGCGCAGGCCGCAGAGGUGGUGGUCGCCGGCGCUGAUUUCCAGGUAUUCGGAGCCCCGAGAACCCAGUACCGAGCCCAUGGGGAUGAAGCCCGUGCUGCCCCAGCAGAAGGGCCGGCUCGAACCCAUCUGGAGACCGCAGACGAAGCCGUUUCCGCCGGUCAGGCCGAGGAACGGCGAGAGCGGCGGCGCGCCGCGGACGAUGGCGGAGUUGGAGCCGUAGCAGCUGGCGAUGUGGGAGCCGUCGGAUUUCAAGCCGCAGAAGGCGGGACCGCUCUCGCCGUAGGAUAUGGCGAUGGGGGACAUCGAGCCGAGGCUGUAAACCUCCCCGCAGAGCACGCCGGAGAAGAAGAGCAAGAAAAUCAUCAGCUUCUUCCGGUCGGUGAAAAAGGCUCGGCUUUUCCAUGGGUAUAG